ACAAAAACUAAACAAAAACAACGGCAAAGAACAAGAAAAUUACUCGCCGUGUUUCUUCUUUUUUCCUUCUUUCACAGAUCCUGCUAACCAUAGCCCUGUAUGAGUUUAUGAAUUUGCCCGUCUUCUGGCAUCAUUGAAGAUGCACUGAGUUGUUCCCAUCACCGCCCUCCUAGUCUUCGAAAAAAAAAAAUAUCACAGAUGCAUAUUCCAUAAACAAGGAAAAUGUCCAGAAAACAUAGCAAGCCCAAUGCUGCCAUAGUAAACGCCGCAGUAAAAUCAGAAACCUCCUCUCAACGAAUUUCGUCCUUCUUCCAUUUACGUGAGAGGGAAUUGCCUCGGCAACGGAGACAAGACAUAUUAACCAACGCAAACAAGGACUUGCCUCGAAAAACUUCUCACAUUCUCCAAACAGGGUUCAAUAUUUUUUGCUUCCCUUUUCUCUUUCUUACUCCUCACUUUCCCGCAAAACGUAUCGAACCAAACACAUUCAUUCCACCAAACACACCUCUACUCUCUCGUCCCGGCCUCCCAUGCAUGUACAAGAAAGCUGAGUUGUCUCAAUUCGUCGUCGUCACGGUCGUAUCUGGACGUCAGACAUGGGGGUAUUAAAAAAGUUUUUUUUUUGGUUGGGUAUAGGUACUGCUCGUCAUCGUCGCCGAAGCCACUCCACUCAGUGCUUAUGUGAUGCGAAGCACGACGAGGUGGAUUCGCUGCAGCUGUCUAGACGUAAAAGUCGUGAAAAUAAAUGUCAUAAUCGUCAAGAAUCGGUCGUAGAUCUGGUUGAAGGAGUACGCUUGAAGGGGGGGAUAUUCCAGGCUUCGCGCACGGAAACGAGUCGUGACGUUUUCGUAACGGUUGCCCAGUUGUCGAACAAAACUUUUUUUGUAUCCUGAUCCUGUU